CGCUCGCUCCUACAUAUGCAAAGAAAACGCUGCGAAACACGUGGAGAUUUUCUCAGUCGUCUCUCUCUUUUUGUACCGAAAAACGGCACAUUUUAGCAGCAGCUGGUGCGUGUGUGUGUGUUCCCCCAGCUUCGAGUCCAAGUCCAAAAAGGCAGAAGACAGCUCAAUAAAUAAUUGCAAGGCUUUUAUCCUUACUUAAUACCAUUCUCAAGUGCAAGAGGGUUGCGUUUUUAUUUAACAUUUCGCAAAAAGAUAUAAAAUUAAGAGCACAAAAAUCAACAAUCAAACAACAAAAAAAAAAACUCAUUUUAGCCAAAUUUUUCGCCACAAAUAUUUCUGCUACCAUAAAAUCCCAUACUCAAACAACACACACACACACACAACCGUAAAGAAACGAGAAAAUGUCAUCUAACUCGAAGAAACGCGAUGCCCAGCGCAAAAAGGAUGCCCGGAAUAAGAAAAUCCAACAGAUACCUUCUACCAAAAAGGCCAAUGGCCAGCCGGAUCGUGAACUGACCGAGGAGGAGAAACUGUGCGCUAAAUUGGAAGAGGAGGCACGCAUCAGUGCUGAGGCAAGAUCUUGCACCGGAUCUCUGGCCGUGCAUCCACGAUCGCGUGAUGUGAAAAUUGCCAAUUUCUCGAUCACUUUCUUUGGCUCCGAGCUGCUGCAGGACACCAUGCUCGAAUUGAAUUGCGGUCGUCGAUAUGGCCUCAUUGGUCUUAACGGCUGCGGGAAAUCCUCGCUUCUUUCAGUGCUCGGUAACCGGGAAGUACCCAUUCCGCCUCACAUUGAUAUAUUCCAUUUAACACGCGAAAUACCGGCGAGUUCGAAGAGUGCCCUACAGUGCGUUAUGGAAGUGGAUGAGGAGCGAAUUAAGCUGGAAAAAUUAGCCGAAGAGCUGGCCAUGAGCGAGGAGGAUGAUGCGCAAGAGCAGCUGAUCGAUAUUUAUGAGAGAUUGGAUGACAUGUCGGCAGAUCAAGCAGAGGCUAAAGCGGCGCGUAUUCUCCAUGGUCUUGGUUUCGACAAGGCCAUGCAACAAAAACAGGCCAAAGACUUUUCAGGUGGUUGGCGUAUGAGAAUCGCCUUGGCUCGUGCCUUAUUCGUUAAACCGCAUCUUCUGCUGCUUGAUGAACCGACCAAUCACUUGGAUCUCGAUGCCUGUGUGUGGCUGGAAGAGGAGCUGAAGGAAUAUAAACGAAUUUUGGUGCUGAUUUCGCAUUCGCAGGAUUUCCUUAACGGCGUCUGCACCAAUAUCGUUCACCUGACAAGCAAACGGCUCAAGUAUUAUACUGGUAACUAUGAGGCUUUUGUGCGCACCCGCAUGGAAUUAUUGGAAAAUCAGAUGAAACAAUACAAUUGGGAACAGGAUCAGAUAUCGCAUAUGAAAAAUUAUAUAGCUCGAUUUGGUCACGGUUCGGCCAAAUUAGCCCGACAGGCUCAGUCAAAGGAAAAGACUCUAGCCAAAAUGGUGGCCCAGGGUCUUACCGAGAAGGUGACGGAUGACAAGGUAUUGAAUUUCUAUUUCCCAUCAUGCGGCACAGUGCCGCCGCCAGUUAUUAUGGUCCAGAAUGUCAACUUCCGUUAUAAUGAUGAGACACCAUGGAUUUAUAAGAAUCUUGAGUUUGGCAUUGACUUGGACACUCGUCUGGCUCUAGUGGGACCCAAUGGAGCUGGCAAAUCGACUUUGUUGAAAUUGCUUUACGGCGACUUGGUGCCCACCUCUGGCAUGAUACGUAAGAAUUCCCAUUUGCGUAUCGCACGGUAUCAUCAGCAUUUGCAUGAGCUCCUUGAUUUGGAUGCCAGCCCGCUCGAAUAUAUGAUGCGCGCCUUUCCCGAUGUCAAAGAGAAGGAGGAGAUGCGGAAGAUCAUCGGCCGAUACGGCCUGACGGGCAGGCAACAAGUGUGCCCCAUACGUCAGCUAUCGGAUGGCCAGCGUUGUCGCGUAGUGUUUGCCUGGCUAGCCUGGCAGGUGCCUCACUUGCUGCUGCUUGAUGAACCUACUAACCAUUUGGAUAUGGAAACCAUUGAUGCCCUGGCGGAUGCCAUUAAUGACUUUGAUGGUGGCAUGGUGUUAGUUAGUCACGAUUUCCGACUCAUUAAUCAGGUGGCUGAGGAGAUUUGGGUAUGCGAAAAGGAGACGGUGACCAAAUGGAAGGGUGGUAUUUUGGACUACAAAGAUCAUUUAAAGAACAAAAUCGCCUCCGAAAACGAAAAGAAGGCAAAAGCGGGAAAAUAGACUUUGAGAUGCCCUCCAAUAUAAACACACACAUACACAUACACACACAUAGACCUCCCCUUCCUUGCCUUCUUCCUGCAAUCAGAGCGAGUCCCAUCUUCUGUACGAAAUUAGUUUCAGUUUUCUCAUAUCAAUGUUGAACUCAAAUGGUCGGGAAACAACAACAGUAACAAAAAUUACACAAAUUUUUAUGUGAAUUUUCCUUUUAAGUUUCUUUGGUUUUAGAUUAAAUUAAGAGAAACAACAACCGCAAA